AUAUUGCUAUCUAUUCUUUGAUUGGACAAAUACAAGAUACAGACUUCGCUCAUUUCCAUGGAUCCCAAGAAACAAGAUGGCGACGUACAGUGUCAAGAAUUUUCGCCGGCCUAGCUCAUAGGUGAAAAUUUCAACGUUCUGAGUUAGACAGUCUCCAAUCAUGCCUAUCACAAGGGUUCCCAUCGUCCACAAGUUUGGGAUCAUCUCCCAAUCACAGCGGGAGGAGUUGCAGGAGAGACUGCUGCAGCAGUCCUACAUACAGAGUGUCAAGACACAGCGAGUCCCACCAACGACCAGAAACCCAUUGGAGUUAUCAGAGAGCUUCGUGCAGCAGUUCAAUGGCGCCACCAACCUGGACGAGAAGGAGAAAUUGGAAGGGAUUGCCCGUAAAAUGCUCAACAGGACAAAGAGGAGAGCAGGUAUUUUGGAGGGUGCCAGGGGAAAGAAUGUAGAUCUUCCGAAGGCCUGGACUGAUCUCUCUAUGCUGGCGCAGUGCCGUGGAAAAAUACAAGAGGAAUGCUUGGACCUUUUAAUCGUCUCCUUGAGCCAAGCCCCCCUGGCCACCGUCCACAUUCCCAGUCUCUUCUACCUGGCCGAGACCACGUUGUACUGGCUGCGCACCGACGCAAUGGAUCAACCAUUCCUCAGAAUAGGGGAGAUUAAACUCCUCAAGAUGGGGCAAGGUGUAUUCGUGAGACUGUACUACCAUCAUAUGGCUGGACAUUUGAAGGGAUUCUCGGAGUAUAAGAAUAGGCUCAUUACUUAUUUAGCGGGUGUCAGGGAGUGUGAGGAGGCCUACUCCCCCUACCCAGGGGCCCACCUCUGCCUCUGCUUCAUCUCUGAGGUAGGCAGGCUGGUGGUGGAGGAUGUACUGAACGAAGAUCCAGCCACACUAGGUGUCGCACCCCAGAAAACAACACAGGCCAAACCCCAGAGCCAAGGUGGGGUGGGGACGCCGUCUCAGCCAGAGCCAGACUCAGUGUCUGAGUUUGACAACACCAGCAGCCGACAUCCUGACCAGAUUCUGGAGGAGGAUGAAGAAGAUUUGCCGUCACCUACCCCCUCCCCAAAGCUCCCCAAGAGUCUACCGGACACGCCCCUGCCGAGCGGCAUGGGUAACGUGGUCAAGCCACGGUCUCACACAGGCCAGAGCAGUAUCCACGACUUGAGCCCCACGCUGUGGCACAGUCUAGACGUCUGGCGCUGCGUGGUUCACCUGAGCGGUGGAUUCAAGGAAGCUGUGAGGGCGCUGUCCAUGUGCGGGAGUACGCUGGCGACAGAGCACUGGGUUGAUGCUAUGUGCGCACUGCGCAUCAUCGCCGAAACUGCCAAGAGCGAUAUAAGGGUCCUCAAAACGCUUCAGAAUCUAGCGAGGGGCGUGCUCCCAACCACCACUCCCCUGCCCCAGUCCCCAACGAACCAACCGGAAGACGUUGAGAAUGAGGAAAGUAAGGAGGAAGAAGCAGAUGAGCCGAAAGUUGAGGAGGGAGAACUAGAAUCUAUCGUGAGCGGUUUGAGCCAGGCAUCCCUGAUGAGCGACUUUCCAGAAUUCGGCCGAUCCGGAGCACGGGGCAAGAAACUCGCCCCCUACAGCGACUUCACCAAGGACGGGAAGCACCUUAGUGACUUGAGCGGUGGCUCCUUGCUGAAAUCCACUGGCAACACCUCCACCUGCGUCUUAAUGGAUACGCCCAAGCACGCCGAGCUCCUGACAAGCCCUAGCAGCUUCGGUCAGAAGGCUUCUCACGGAAGCACCCCAUCUACCACCCUCAACGUCAGCAGCGCCAGAGAGAGUCUGAACUCGGCAGGUGAUAUCCCGCUCCCGUCAGGUCUGGAUGAUCCCUCUGGGUCCAUCGAGGAUAGCGACUUGGACCCGGGGGAUGACAGCGAAGUUGAAGCCAACGACGUUGACGUCACUAGACCCCAGAUGUCAAUGCCAAUGGAAGCAGGCACCAAAUUGAGAAGAGAAGUCAGUUUUGAUAUCGAGCCCACUGAGAGGGACGGAGAUCUAGACUUGGACUUCCCUAAGAAAUCCAGUCUGAGAGAUGGCUCAGGAAGGAGCGACACGAGGAAAAGUAACAGCGCCAAGUCAGUUACCAUCGAUCCUGUACCCGACACGCAAUAUUUCUCUGAAGCAAGCGGCAGCACUAGUAACAAGCAGGCAGAACCAACAAGUGGGGUCUUCAAAACUAAACAUCCCCUGGAGGCCCAGGGUCUAGCCGGCUGGCCGUGGGAGGUAGGCUUCACCUACGCCGAGCUGAUGUCUCACCUCUGCUUGCACGGCAGCACAGCAGAGAUCCAGCGUACCGCCCUCGUGGGCAGCAAGAAGAAAGGCUACGGGCCGUACAUGAGCAAGAGGCCGCAGGGAACCAGCAGCCGGGUACCAGGGACAGACGAGGAGCAGCAGUGCCUGCCCAGCGCAGGGCUGCUGGAUUUGGCUGAGUACCAAGGAAAGAUUGAUGGCGACGAGACGAAUGACUCUGCCCACUGGGGUUGGCGUAUCCGUUACUCGGCCAUCCUGGGCCUAGUCAAGGUGACCCGUUGUACCAGCACAGAGAAGCUACAGGAAGGCAUGCGAACUGUGGCCUGGAACGCACUCAUGAGGUGCCACUCCAUGGAGAGAGACCACAAGGUCCUGGAGGCAUUCAGAGUCGGCCAGGUGGAAGCCCACAUUGAGACACAGAUGCAGAAGGCGCUCAUCGUUCGCUCCAUCAACUCUAGACUGGCGGCCGGUCUGGCCGCGGCCUACCUCCCUCCACUCGCACCUCCGGUCGAAGUGACCAAGAAAUCCCCUCGGCGUAAAGUGGAACUUCCCAAACCCAAGCAGCCAAUCAGGACGGGUCCUAACAGGUUGUCUUUGAAGCAAGAGCUUCUGUUGGCGACGGCGUUGGACGAACCGGGUGUAGAUUUUAAGACGCGGACAGAUUUGGAUCUGAAGCGAAUUGUUGAAGACCAGUGGCGGAAGGAGUUACAACAACAGCUGGAGGAAGACGAGAAAGCGAAGGAGAAGACGCUGCAAGAGGAACAGAAGACGGAAGAAGUCCGACAGAAGGAAAGGUCCGAUGCCAAGGCUAGUAAGCUGAAUAAAACUAGCGCAGCAUCGCCUCCAAGACCUAAGACGCCAAGUACUGUCUCAUGUUGAGGAGAAGCAGUGAUUUUUAAUCAGCAUGUUGAACCCAUUAGUCCGUGUAAAUCUGGUACAAAUCUUGUGGCAUUCCUUCGAGGGAAUGGCUGCUCACAUCAGUAGUAAAGUCCAUCCAGUGCACAUAACCCUCCUUUUGUUUGAUCAGUCACAGACAAUCAACAAUUCAAUCCUGCUCCCUGCCAUGC